AUGGCAAACUGAAGACUAUAAGACUAAAUAUCGCAUAUUUAUUGCUAUAAAAUCAAUCAAAUAUAUACACCAUGGUGUACAUACACUUUCCAACCAAUCUUACUGAGGAGGAGCAGAUGCUGCAAGCCAAAUACCAGAAAUUGAAGAAGAAGAAAAAAGCGCUGCAGGCGCAUAAGGCACCCAAACAAGAGCCGGAGAAUCCUAUGACACUUAAACGACCCACAGAUGCACGCGAUGCACGUGAAGUGGCGCGCAAACUGAUCAAAAGUGGUGCUAUACCGGCUAUUCAAAAACAACAGACGAAGCAAGAUCAAACGUCGUUUAAACGUCCAAAAGGACAGGAACGCGCCAAACGCUCUACAUCGGAGACAAGCGUGGCCGCCUAUCAGCCAUUUUCAUCCACACAAAAUGAUGUGGCACAGGAGACCAUCAUCAGUGAAAUUAUCAAGGAGGAACCACGUCGUCAGAACUUGUAUCAACAUUUUGCCACCGAAAGGGAUCGCGAGGAGCGUGGCCUAACCGAGAAAGCAACCUUGGAUACCGCACAACCGGAAAAGCCACGGGCUGGCAACACAAUAUUUGUGUCGGGCAACAAAGUGACCGAGGAAUUCUUAAAGAAAACAUUCAACGAUUAUGGAACUAUAGUCAAUGUCUCUAUGGAAAUAGAAAAGAGUCGAGGCUUUGUUUCAUUUGCUAAGCCAGAGUCCGCAGACCGAGCCAUAGCCGAAAUGCAUGGUAAAAAUGUGAAUGGCAUCAACUUACAAGUGCAAUUGGCGCGUCGUCAACCUCAAAUUGAACCUAUUAAUGAUGCAUCAUCGUCUGCAGUGUGGUCUUCGAUUGCUGCCAGUAAUUCGCAAAAGGGUAGCCAUAAAGAUCGCCGCCAAAUGGUGCAUUAUAAUGACGAUUUCUUGCUUUCUAAGCAUUAGCGCAUAACAUUAUUUACGUAUGUAAGUUCAUCACCAUCAAGUAAAGUUUAGUUAGUUUCCCAUUUAAAUAAAAACGCAAAUUAUUUAA